UCUCUCUCUCUCUCUCUCUCUACGCCUCAGUCUCUCAAGCUUGCCUUCACUGUCUGUCGCGGUAAAAAGCGCCUCUGUGCGCAUUGCGCACCUCUCUCCCUAUCUAGGCAAACGGAUCGCUCCGCUUCCCCUGUCCCCUCACCCCAAAACCCUCCCUCUCUCUCUCUCUCUCUCUAACUUUCAUCGUCUUCCAUUAAUGCUGCUCACUUCUCUCUCUCUCUUAACUUUCAUCGUCUUCUAUUAAUGCUGCUCACUCCUAUCUCUCUCUCUCUCUCUAACUCUGAAAAAGAUCCAGUUUUUCUCUCUUUCCUAAUCAUUGCUUAAAUAACCCACUAAUUCCAGUAAAAUACUUAGCUCACUUUCCUCUUUAAAAUAUUAAAGCUUUUGCAAAACUCAUACCUUGGACUUUUUUUUUUUAGUUUUCCCCCCUUCUUGUUGUUGUUGUUGUUCGUGGCAUUUGAAGCUCAAAAAUUCGGAUUUCGAAUUCGGGUACUCCUCGCCUUGAAUGAAUUCCGGGCUGUUAAAAAAGAAUGGAUCCUCCACUCAUCAACGAAUCUUCAUUCUCUGCAGCCAACCCAUCUUCGUACAGCUUGGCGGAGAUUUGGCCUUUCGGUGGAGAAACCGGUAGUGGUGGUGGUGUUUUGGGGCUCCGAAUGGGUAAUCUGGGUCAGAGCCUAGGUGGUUUUGGUGAGAGCUCAGCGAAUCGAGAUGGGUCGGUGGAAGAAUCCACAGUGACCGAGCAGAGUGGUGGUGGUGGUGGUGGUGGAAGGAAGAGAAGGGAUGUGAGCUCUGAGGACGAGUCUUCGAAGAUGGUUUCUACUAGUAGUGCCAAUGACCUGAAUUCAAAUGGUAAAAGGAUGAAACUAGCAGGAUCUAAAGAUGGAAAUGGUGUUUCGAAAGAUGAAGUUGAAGCAAGUUCAGUGGCUGAUAACAAGCCCGCUGAACAAAGCAGUAAACCUUCUGAACCGCCUAAACAAGAUUAUAUCCAUGUGAGAGCGAGAAGGGGCCAAGCUACUGAUAGUCACAGUCUAGCAGAGAGAGCAAGAAGAGAGAAGAUUAGCGAACGGAUGAAAAUUCUCCAAGAUUUGGUUCCUGGAUGUAAUAAGGUUAUUGGAAAAGCUCUAGUCCUUGAUGAGAUAAUUAAUUACAUCCAGUCAUUGCAGCAUCAAGUUGAGUUCCUCUCCAUGAAGCUUGAAGCAGUAAAUUCGAGGAUGAAUAUAAACCCUAGCAUUGAAGGCUUUCCAUCAAAAGAUCUUGGUACACAGCCGUUUGAUGCUACAGGAUUGUUAUUUGGAUCACAAGCGGCGAGGGAGUAUGCUCAAGGCUCACAGCCUGAAUGGCUGCACAUGCAAGUCGGUGGUAGUUAUGAAAGAGCAACAUAAGUUCAGGGUGGGCAAUUUCUUCAGUUCAUCAUACGUAAAUCAGUGAGAAACUUUGUUGUUCUAUUUCUGGUUCAGAAAUAUGUUUUCUCGAUAUAUGACCAUUCUUAUCAUUUGUGAUCUUAUAAAAGCUGUAAAAUGCAUCGAAUAUCGUAGUGUAUCAUCUGACCGAAUAACAUUGUAAUUCAGUUGUAUUAGUACCUAUAAAAAAUACGGUAGGGUGGAUUCAGUUCUUAAAACUGUUAACAAAAAGGAUUGUGUUUUUAGAGUUUUUUCA